GUGUGUCCCGCAGUUCACAUGUAUCAUGUCUUCAUCUAUGGCACGCUGAAGAAAGGCCAGCCCAACCACUCCUUAAUAAACAACACUACCAUCGGUCAGGCCGAGUUCCUCGCUCAUGCUCGAACCGUAGAGAGAUACCCUCUUGUGAUCGCCACCAAAAACAACUACCCCUUCCUGCUCAACGUGCCUGGUAAGGGCAAGCGCGUCCACGGUGAGAUCUACUCUGUAGACCAGAAGAUGCUGGACUUCCUGGACGAGUUUGAAGAAUGUCCUGAGUUGUACCAGCGCACCAAGGUCCAGCUGGAGGUGCAGGACGUGGACGGUGAAGGAGAAAACACACUGAAGCCUGGAAGCAUUGAGGAAGCGUUGGUGUACAGCACAAAUAAAUAUGAACCUGAGUGGCUCCUGAAACAAACAUACGAGAGUUAUGAUAUGAACAGUGAUCACAAACUGCAAUAUCAUGAGGACACAAGCUCUGAGUAAUGACUGUGCAAAGUACGA